UCGUAUAUCAUCACAAUGAAGGGACUCACCAGUUAACGAAGCCACGUUUACGUCUUUCUUUAACCGACACAUAAAACCCAACGGACGCUCUCGACAAACUAUUUCGACUAACGAGGCUCAGACCUAGAAACUAGCGAUGGACUUUUCGCUUUUCAUAAGUGUGUUUUGUGCAAGUUUUCCGGUGUCUUUAGCAGCGCGGCCGCCUCACGUCGUCUUCAUCCUUGCGGAUGACUUUGGUUGGAACGAUGUCGGCUAUCACAACUCUGAGAUCAUCACCCCGAACCUGGACAAGCUGUCGGCAGGAGGAGUCCGGCUGGAGAACUACUACGUCCAGCCCCUGUGCACACCGUCCAGGAACCAGCUCAUGACCGGGAGGUACCAGAUCCACACGGGCAUGCAGCAUCAGAUCAUCUGGCCCUGUCAGCCCUACUGUGUGCCUCUGGAGGAGAAACUGCUGCCUCAGCGCAUGAAGGAGGCGGGCUACGACACACACAUGGUGGGCAAGUGGCACCUGGGCAUGUACAAGAAGGAGUGUCUGCCCACGCGCCGCGGCUUCGACACAUACUUUGGCUACCUGUCGGGCAGCGAGGAUUACUUCACUCAUGUCUCCUGCACUCGCAUCGCGGCUCUGAACAUGACUCGCUGUGCGUUGGACCUGCGGGACGGAGAGGAGGUCGCCACGGGAUACCAAGGAGUUUAUUCCACUGAGAUGUUCAGCGAGAGGGCAACCGGAAUUAUUGAAAAACACAACCCUGAUAAGCCGCUCUUCCUCUACGUGGCGCUGCAAGCCGUCCACAGUCCCCUGCAGGUGCCCGAGCGCUACCUGGCCCCCUACGGUUUCAUCGAAGACCCCCAGCGCAGGCUGUACGCCGGCAUGGUGUCCGCCAUGGACGAGGCGGUGGGCAACAUCACUCGGUCUUUGCAGGAGCGGGGCCUUUGGGACGACACGGUCCUGGUGUUCUCGACGGAUAACGGCGGUCAGACGCUGAGCGGCGGCAGCAACUGGCCUCUGCGAGGGAGGAAGUGGUCUCUGUGGGAAGGCGGGAUCCGGGGAGUCGGCUUCGUCGCCAGCCCGCUGCUGAAGCGACCCGGGACCGUCUGCCGGGAACUCAUCCACGUCUCCGAUUGGUUGCCGACCCUCGUCGGCCUGGCAGGAGGGUGCAACUCCUCGAGGCCGCUGGACGGGUUCAACGUGUGGAACGCAAUCAGCAAAGGAUUUGCCUCUCCCCGACUGGAGCUGCUGCACAACAUCGACCCUCUGUAUGUCGACAUCGCUCAAUGUCCUGGCAAGCGGAGUCGGCGUACUUCGGCUCAGGCGGUCGACGGACGCCUCCGGCCCGACGGCGGCUUCAAUGUGUCCAUUCACGCCGCCAUCCGAUCCACCCACUGGAAGCUGCUGACUGGCUACCCGGGUUGUGACGUUUGGUUCCCGCGGCCCGGCCACAACGAGUCCGACGGCCCGCGGGAUCCUCUGAAGCCCGUGAUGCUGUUUAACAUCGAAAAGGAUCCGCAGGAGAGGGACGAAGUGUCCGCCUCCUUCCCCGGCAUCGUGGAUAACCUCCUCAGCCGGCUCCACCAGCACCAGAGGAGCGCUCAGCCGAUCAACUUCCCCGACGAGGACCCCCGGUGUGAUCCGGGCCCCUCUGGAGCCUGGGGACCCUGGGCUUGAGCGGCGGUGAGGGCGUGAAGGUGGAUGCACUUGGCGGGUAUCGCGGGGACAUUUGUUUUACUCUGUUGACGACAUGAAGACGGAUCACAGCGGUCUAAAAUCGCUGAUUCUGUUGGGGGUUUUUUAAUCCGAAUUUUUAUACACGGGCGACUAGAGCGUCCCGGCUCUGAGAUGCUUUCCGAGGUUUAGUCGAAGCGAAUGCGUAAACGGCGUCAGCUACACAUGUUGCUGAUCAGUAAAGACUAUCUCCCCCCCCCCCCCCCAUCGGUGCUUCAGGUAUUUACACUUCAUUUAUCUACAGUUGACAAGCCACAGGCUCCUUUGCAUGUGGUGUCAAACUUGUUUUUAAACCUGGGAGAAAUGGUAUAAGGUAUAUUUUUUUAGGUGCUUUUUAAGGAUCGUGCGGGAGAGAGCAAAACGUGAGCUGCGUUCAAGAGAAUGCAGACGCUCGUAACGUUUUUUUAUAUUUUUGAUUUCGAUGCGUAACUUGUCUUCAGACUCCACGCAGCGGCGCAGCGUUGUAGCAUCUUUUAGCUCGUUGUUUCGGUUGAGUCCCACAGCUCUCAUCUGUGUACGUCCCGUCAGCAGCAGGAACCUUUUUAAAGUAAACAAGCUCUGAGAAACAAACAAUCCUUCUUUCCCCCCGUCACCAAAUAGCAGACGACCAAAGCUUGUAUCUUCAAAGAUAUAUAUUUUUUAUAUUUUGUCUUCUUGAAAUGAAAUGACAAAUAAAAAAAUAAAAAGUUUAAAUCCACUUUUUCGCUGGAAGUUUGGGGAAAUAUUAAAUAUGGACAUCCAUUAGAUCAUGAAAAUAUCUUUUUAAAUAUGUAACCAGUAAAUAUGUAAUCGUGCUCCUAACUGCUGGAAGUGUAAAUAUGCAACUGUUUGCAAACAUGAUCUUUUAUGAGUUGAUAAUAUAUAAAUGUUUUCGUAUUUCCCCUAAAAAUAUGAAUGCAGGGUUAAAAUAUGUUGCUUUGAUUGAACUGCGCUGUACUUUUGGUUUUUUUUAAUGAAUUGUUUACAUCACGCUAUUCGUAAGUGCUACUUGUCAAGGCUCAAGAUGUGUUGCCGAAUGUGUGUGUUUUGUCUGGUGAAAAAAAAACAUAAUAAACAAGAGGUGAGAAUGA